UGACAACAAACAAGUGAUGGAAAUAUGAUUUUCCUUUCGAAAUGUAAAAAGUAUCUUGCAAUAAAUUAUAGCCUGGUUAUGUGUGUGAAAUGUCGAAAGAAAACGCUAACUUGCGAUUGCUCGGCUCACCUGUAAAUUUGUCAUACCGCAACAAGAAAAGAGAAGAUAGGAAGAACGUACGCAAUCGUCCGCGAUCUGCCGUGAAUAACUCUUCUAUAAUUCAGGAUCAUCAAGAACGAUUCAAGAGGCCUUUCUCAGCGGAUACGAAGGACCGCGCGCCCUCAACUAGGACAUUCUUCAAAGCAUUCAGUGCUGAGCUUCUUGAGUGUUAUAAUAAUUCACCGACAACUGUCAAGGUGGUAGCACCAACACUAGAAAUACUAGGGGAUAAUAACGCCGGUGAAAGGCAUCUCCAAAAAAAAGACGAAAUCUGCAGCAAUGUUUCUGAUUACGGCUCUGAAGACACAUUCAUCAGUUUAGGAACGAAAAUCAAAGCUAGAGCUCAACUAAGUCCUAAACCUAAAAUUACUAACCCCAAAAAUCUUUUAAAAUAUAGAAAUAUAGCGAGAAAAUCUCGGAAACCCAUGGAAAAUACAGUGAAUGAAGAAUUAAGACAAGAAUAUGGUAUGGAGAUAAAAAUAACUGAACGUUCCCCAUCUCCAACUAAAUCCAAUAGUGGAUAUGGUAGAAGUCCGUCACCAACGACUCGUGCUUAUGAGUCCUAUUUUGUAUCAUUAGAAGAAAAUGGGGAUCUGGGAAGGAUGUCUUUAGGUUCCAAUAUUGAUAUUGAAGUAGAACAAGCGAUAGAUAAGUACUCUCGUCGUCUUGCAGCUAGUAAGCAACAAUUGUCACUCGUUGAAGAAGAAUCGACACCAGAUGUUGAUAGUGGGCCUUCCCAGAAUCUCUCAAGCUUGUCGCCAGAAAAUUCUUUGGAGGGUCCAAAGGAUGACGGCGAUGCCAUUGAUGAUUUAACUGGCAGGAAAACCUAUGUUGUUGAUGAUAUUAAAAUUGAUUACGGUAUAACGCAGAAUAUAAUACGUGAUCCUCGGACGUAUACACAUUUUUAUGAUGAUUUUCAAAGGGAUUCGUAUAAAUGCAAAUUAUCUAGUACCGUCGUACAUACAGACUCAUCGUCUAAAGACUCUGGUUAUCCAGAUAGUGGGCCGAAUGAUGAAAAAAUUUACAGUCAAAACUAUUCUCUUCCAACUUCAUCAUUGUUAAAGAAAACUAAUGUCACCAAGAUGGAGGAACAACCAAAAAGCUUAGAUAGCAUAUCUACGAAUAGCAGUGACAAAACUUAUCGAAAUAUUUGUGGUUUGGACAAAAAUAAACAGUGGACUGAACCUUUAAAUCACAGUCGCUUACUGUAUAAAGACUUCUUCUUGAAGAAAGAAGGUCAUAUAGCAGUUCCACCGCAAAAUUCGCCUAGUAAAAAUGAAGGGAAUAAUGUGCCUGGAAAUAAUGGAGAUGCAAACACGAAAGUAGAUAAUAUGAGUGAUGAUUGUGACUAUCCAUCAUAUUUGGUUAAUAGUAGCACUAAAGCAUACACUUCGAAAGUUAUAGAAGAUUACAAAAGAGAACUGGAAACAAUUAAUAAUUUACAUGAACUGACAUUGAAGGAUAUUAAAACUGAUGCAAUAUCGCCAACACCAUUGAAUAUUGAUAAUUUAUUUGAAGACCAUUCCAAUAUAAUAGAUAUUAAAAAGGAUGAAAUAUCAACAAAUAACCAUGAUUUGAAAUGUCAUGACAAAAAUAAAAAUUCUUUAAAUACAAAAAAGAGAGAUGUAUCAAAAAUAUCUACCAAGGAACUAAUUCAAAACUAUUUUAAAGUUAAGGAAGGUGAUUUUAAAGGAAACUUACCAAAAAACACAAGAAAGAAAGCGAAUAAUGUUACGCCAAAAGAUGAAAUAGUAUACAAACAAGAAUGGAAUAACAGGACAUCAAUAACUUCGCCGAAAAACAUCCCAGUUAUUAGAAAUCAAACCCAAAAAAAUCUAUUCACAAUGCGGACUCCGUCGAGCGCAAGGAUUGAAAGCGUCCAAAACGACAAGGACGUAGAUUCUUGGAUGUCACUCACCGCUCCAUCGCCGACUUUGUUAGAAAUAGACGAAGUGUCGCCUCCAGUUGAAGAAGUAAUCAACACCGAUACUAAUAUUGCUGAUGAUAAGAUGGAAGAAGAUCUUACUCCACCACCCCCUCCUGUCACUUCCACUGAAAGAGAUAUUCAGCAAGUCAAAGAACUGAGCUCUAAGUCUACGGUUCUGGACAUAUACUCCAUGUUAAAGGAAAUAGAAAGUUAUGGUGAUAAUCCUGUAGCUUCUGCGAAAGUGGAAGAAGCCAACGACAAAGUAGCAGAAGAAAGAUCACCGACUCCUAAAGAUAAUUUUAUGGAAAUAUUCCAGUUUUUGGAGAAAGUAGAACAGAGCGCCAAUGACGCCUUGUCGGUCGUUACAAAUACCACUCCACAAACAAUACCCAACCUCGACAGCCUGUUAAAGCUGCCACAAACGGAACUGGCGCAACGGUUGGUGACAGCAUCGCUUCAGCUCGAAGAGAGGUCGUGCUGCAUCGCACUGUUGCAGGAGAGCCUGGCCAAUCACAAGGAGCAGAUGAUACAAAAAGUGAGCAAUUUAGAGAAGCAGUCUCAACGAAAUAUAGCCAAAGUGAAACAAGAAUGCGAGGAGGCGAUUAAGCGUCAUCAGAACUUUAUUGACCAGCUGAUAAACGACAAAAAGACAUUGAACCAUCGCAUCGAGCAGCUAGUGGACGAGCGGCGCAGCGCCGAGGAGCGAUGGAAGCGAUCGGCCCAAGUACUAGAGGACAGGUACAAGCUGGAGCUGCGCAACCAACACGACAAGAUGGCCGCCGCGCAGCAGGUGGCACGGCAACGCUGGGUGCGACAAAAAGCUGAAAAGAUCAAAGAGUUGACAGUAAAAGGUCUGGAAGGCGAGCUCCGGGAAAUGGCAGAGCGGCAACAGAAAGAUAUAUCGGACUUGAAGAUGAACCACGCUGAACAACUUGGGAAGAGUCAGGCAAAGCACGCCCAGGAGUUGGAGGAGUUGAGGCGGCGGCUAGAGGAAGAGAAGGAGAUGGCAUUGGUGAAAGAGAGACAACUGGCUAGCUCACGCUUAGAAAAACAAAUAUUGGAGUUGGAGGUGACGUAUCAAGAGCAAAGAACUCGUUUGGUGGCCGACAUGCGCGCUGAGAACGAACGCGUCGCGGCGGACCUUGCGGACAAGGAGAGAGCGCAGAAACAACAAUUUGAUUCUUGGAAGAGGGAACAAGAGAAAUUACUUGAAGAAGCGAGACUGCAGUUGGAUAAAGAAAUCGCAAAUGAAAAACAAAAAAUGGAGGAAAAAGUUAAGCAAAAACAGCAAGAGCUAGAAGAACAGUUUGAAGAGUAUAAGAAGAAGUACGAAGCGGAACAGCAAGUGAUACUGAAGAAGAAAGUGACGGAGAUAGCCGCUCAGCACAAACAAGAAAGAGACAGAGAGAUCGAACGCGCGAUAGAGAGCAUGGAGGCAGAGGCACAGGCGGGCAGGAAGGAGUUGCAAGAGGCACUUAGGAGGAAUAAGGAGCAAUAUGAAGUGGAGUUGAAAGAGUUGGCAGAGACGGAACAAGCGACGCUGCGACGAUAUCAAGAGGCGCAGGCCAGAGUGCGGCAAACAGAGGAUCGAUGCGCGGAACUAGAAGUAACGAUAUCACAACUAGAGACGCGAAAUAGACUUUUGACUGAGAAAAACACACAACUGGAGUCGCGUGCGGAGGAGGUCCGCGCCAGCUGCGAACAGACGUGGCGCGACACCGUACACGCGCUUCAGAAAGAGAUGGACGACGCCAAGAAAACGCAUGAGGAGCAGAUGCACCAGCUUUAUGCCAAAGUGAAGGUGGCGGUGGCUCGCAAGGACUCCGCGAUCCAGGCGCUCACCCGCGAGACCGCCAAGUACCAGGAGAAGGUCACCGUGCUAGAACAGAAGCUACAGCAGCAGAGGAAAGACUUCCUCAAGCAGAAGUAACUUGCUAACGUCAAAACAACAAUAAAAUGCAAAUCGAUUAAACAUAAUCGAUUAGUUAUCAUAUUAGUGUGAUUGGUCAUCGAAAAUCGAUUUAAAAAAAUAAUCGAUUAGUGAAUAUAUCACAAUUUGUUAAAAUAAUCUUGAUAUAUUUUGAAAGUUUUAUAGAAUGUAAUGAUUGUGUUGAUUUUUAAUUAUCUUAUUGGAAAUAAAUUAGGUAAAUAUUUGUGUGAUAGCCUAGUCCGUCCAAGGUUGUUUUUUAGUAUAAAAGCAUUAUGUUGAUCUCAAAGGUGUGUUCAAUAAAGUAGACUGUUUUAGAAGUAUGUUAACUUUUUAAACUGUGUAUGUGUGUGUCGUGCCUGUGUGUGUAAAGAUACAUAGUUGUUUUUAAUAUCUUGAUUUUGGGAUCACCAAAUGUAGCUACUCAAUGCUAAUGGUUGGUAAUGAAUGUUAUUUUUUUUUCCAUAAAGUUACAAUAGUCACUCAGUUGGCACAGAGCUAAGAGGGACUACUUCGCGCUUUUAAAGGAACGUGUGUGUAUAAACGUUUCGUCAAGUUUAUCGAGUAAAAUCCAUGACGGUAUCUCCACUCGCUACUUAGUAACCUUUUUAAUAAGGGAUUCCAAUCGCUUUUUGAAUGGAUUACGAAUAUGGGCCAAUCAGAAUAAAGUUUUUAUUUUACAAGAUAAUGACUUGUUUUGAUUGGUUUAUUUUGGGAUCGGAAUCGUCUAUCAGCGGUAUGCUGGUAUGGGCUUUAGCGUGGAGUGGAGUGCUUAGUAAUAUUUAUGAAUUUUUCUCUGUAAUAUUAUGAAGAUUUGCCAAUAAAAAACUAUUUAUAUAAA